AGUGUGGCAGGACUGUUCUGCUCUAAAUGUUUCCUCUGUCUGCAACUUAAAUAUAAAUGUAGAUGCAGUCUGUUGUUCUGUCUGGGUUUUUUCAUCUCUCUUCAACUCUGCAUUCCUGCCUCAGAUUGUGUGUAACUCUAUUUGCACAGAUGUCUUGUGAGCUGCUUUGGAAAACUGAGCCAACUUGAACCUUACUUAGUUAAAUAUGAAAAUUAAUGCCUGUUUAUUAUUGACUAAAAGACCUUUAAUACACAGAGUUCCCUCUCUCCUACCCUCUCUGGAACAAAGACUCAAAUAAUUUCUACUCCUCUAAGAGAAAGGCUGAGAAUGCAUGCUUCUGAAACUCCCACAGUCAUUGAAAAAUGUGAGGAGCUGGGGAGAAGUGUACAUGAUGGAGUGCAGUCCUGCUGCAGUCCUGCCAUGCCUUGGCAUUUCUCCCAUUUGUAGCUGCUUCCACAGGCCCUUCAUUCCUACAUUGCCACUGCUGUCUUCUACCUGUGCUUGCAGAAGAAGUUCUGCAAUAUAAAGGAUUGCGCAUAAAACUAUGCAGAUAUUUUAGAGAUUAACAUAAAUAAAUCUCUAUACUUAGAAUCAGAUUGUACCUGAAUAUGCCUCUAUAAAAUAUUAAGUCUUUGCCUGUAUUAUUUAUAUUUGACUUUUAUAAUUCCAUUGCCUUAUUACUAGGCCAUUUGUUAAGACCAACUCUUGCCUCAAUAUGCAAUUAGAAUUUGAAACACAGCUUUUAAAAUUAGGUUUAAACCACUUAUUUUGUGUUUUUAUUAAUAAAAUCUGAGAGUAUAACUAUACAAGCACCUAAUAUUCUCCUUUUUUGGCUAGCCAAAUCUGUAUACUAAAAAUAAGAAGUAAAACUUAAUACAUUUAUGUGAUUUAUUUCCACAUUGUAGGCAAAGCUCCUCCCAAAUACAUGAACCUGUGCUUUGGUGAAAUUUUCAGGCAGGAUCAGGCCUGAAGUUUCGUGUUUGAACAUAGUUACAAGCCACAUAAUAUACUGAAAGGUAGAGGCAUUACAGGAACACACUCCAGGAUUAAAAAUGGUCACUGAGCUGUUCACAAUGCUUAAGCAGUGACGAAGCACUGUUUCAGAUGUAGCUUCUUUCCCCUUUCUUUCUCCUUUCUCUCUUUCUUCACCAUUUUUCCUGACACUAUUUGUUUUUCUCUUGACCUUCUGCACUGCUGAUAAACUGAGUUUACAGAGCCUGGAUAAUUAUUUUUUUAAUUAUUAUCAUGCGUUGGUUCUAUAUAGUUCUUUCCAUCUCAUUUUCUUCCAUCUCUCCUUUUAUAAGAAUUCAAAGGAAAAAUCGAAUUUCCAAUUAUUACAGAGACUCAACUUUGUGUGAAAACUUACCGCCAAAUAAACAUGAAGGUACCACUUGGGAAUAGUGUGGCAAUGGAAAACAUUAACUUGAACUGACUUUUUUGAGUUCUGUUCCAUCAAAUCCUUUUCCAGAUGUUACCUUGAGGUGAUGCUGUUGCUGUAAUCAUGUGUGGGUGUAUGUCCUAUGGAAAAAUCCCACAGUGGUAUGAUCUAGUACAGGGGACAGAACAUAAAUGAGUUGUCACACAUAGCCAUAGCAAUAUAGCAAUCGUGGAGGGACAGCAUGAAGGCCAGAACACUAGCAGAAAAUUUGUAUAGUUAUAGUGAGGUAUUGGUUGGAUUUCACACUGCCAACUAUUUUGGGGAAUAUAUUUUCAAAAAACAUUCACAUGAACAUAAAAAGUCUUCUGAGGGACAGACUUCAGCACUUAACAUUAAUGCAAAAGAAAAAAGGCUUUUAUUAAAAAAAAGGUUAUGGUUGAGAGGGUCUGUACAUAACAUCGUGUACUAAAUUUUCUCUAACCUUUCUUUAAGUGCCAAGUGGAAUAUGCAAGCUACCUAUAAAACAAGGAAACUUAGAAAUUAUCUAUCCAUUAUCAUUAAGAGGUCACCAUAGCUUAGGGUGGAAAGGCAUAUUCAGAGCUGAAGGACAAUGAACUGUAGCAACUGCAAAUACGAUACAUUGACCAGAUCUUAGCAGCCACAUACUGAUCAUUUAAGAACUGUAAUUUUUGCCUAUUUGGAAAAAUAAUUCUACAUAUAGACCAAAUAGGUGGUCAUAUACCUAUUGAAAUCAGUAGUAAAAUAUUCCCUAAGAUCCAAGAUUUGAGAAUCUUACUGCAAGGAGGUAGUCUGAAGAAAUGUCUUAUACGUGUAGUUUCUACUUUAACAAGUAGUUUUUGUAUGAGGGAACUUGAAGAAAUGCUUUUGUACUGAUGUUGCAUUCUGGAGAAAACCAAUAGUGGAUGAUGUUAAAACUUAAUCACUAGAAAUGCUGAAUAAAAGGGAGUGGUUGUGUUUUGGGGAGUGUUCUUUUGAUUAAGGUGGAAUGUGCACACACACUUAAUUUGAUGAAGUUAAUGCAGAGAGGGCUUCUGCUGGUGUCUUGAAAAUUGCUUAGUUAAUAAAGCCUCCCUUUGUGCUCAAUGGCUACAAAUUUCUCUGGGAAAAAAUGAGUAUGUCUGCUUUGCAAAACAGCUGAAUAGGCAGUAGCUAACUUUUGUCAUUGAUAGGUAAAACAGCACUCAGGUGAUUACACUCGUGUGUGCUCUGUAUGUGUGUGCUUCUCAGAGAGGGAGAUUGACUCAGUGUUUUGAGAUCAGGGGUUUCAUUGAGGCAGCUUUUGAUUUACUAUGUGUGUCCUUGAGCCAGAGUAACAUAAAAGCUCCAAAAUGGUAUUUUUCUGGUGAGAGUAAGCCUGCCUUGUUUACCACAAGUUAUAAAUAAAGCUUUAGUUAAAAAUUUUAUUCCUUAUGUCACAAUUCACAGUUCAGUUGCAUACAGUUUUAGUAAAAACCAGGAACAACCCACUGAGAAACAAGACACUAUCUCAAUGUAGAAAUAUGAUGUGAUGAUAGCACCUAAGAAAUACACAGUAAAUAAUAUGAGUGCUUCUCAUUUUUAUGGUACAUAUAUGGUGGCACUGAUUUUUAUUUAUUCUAUUAUUAGUAAAUAAUUUGUAUCGGCUUAUUAAGCUAAUUUAAUUGCAAAGAACACAGUGCAAAACUAAUUUUCUAUUUAAAAUGUUAAUUUGGGGAGGGUUAAGACACUGGGAAUUAUAUUGAGGUAGGUUUAACUCUGAAAUUGCUGCUUCAGAUCUGGCCAAAGGUGGAGAUCACCCAAUAUAUUUUUCUGAGCUGAGUUCUUGUUCAGGAGCCUGAAUAGAUCAGUAAAAUAGAUCAGUGGUCCUACCACUAUACGUUCUUGCCUAUUCUUUGUUUAUAGAUUUUUAUGCUGGUAACUUUUUGUGGGACCUCUGUAAGAUCAUAAUACAUAUAAAUGGGCUCUGCAGCUGUGCUUAUUGCUUCCAUGGAAAAGUGUUUUAAGGUUUAUUUUAAACACUGACAAAGGGGCAUCUGGCUAGAAAUGUGUAUUGUAGAAAACAAUCAGAGUCUGGAGAAAAGUAAGUAAGGGGUUACACUGAUUUUAAUGAAGUUUGAUCUGGUAAUCACAUAGAAACUGAAAAAAACCCUGACAUUUUUUACACUGAGUUGUUUUUAAAUUACUACAAACAACAGUCACAUCCACAGUUCAGUGAAGUUAAAGGAAGGCCAUCUGAUCUCAGAAAACUUUAUAUGAGGCUUGGGAAAAGGCAGGGCCAGAGCAAACACACAAAUCUCAGGUCCAUCAUUGGCUGGUGCUGUAUCCAUGUGAAGUAUAAAUAUGUGUAUUCGUUUUUCCCUUGUAUCUUAGAUAUUCUAACAUGAUUUUGCUUUGAAGCUGUGGUGAUUCAAGCACUUCAGAAACACGGGGACUAUAACAUUUCUUUCUCUAUGGAUCAAGCAAUUCUUCUUCUGCUUUUAUUAAAAUAUUUAUUUAAGGGUUCAGAGUGUCUCGACUGUGACCAAGGGAAAAUGCCUGCUAGAGCAGUUUCGAUAGAGUGGACUGAAUUGCCCAAAGGGGAGGAUCCAGACUACUAUAUUGUGACAUGCCAGCAAUCAGAUGCUUUCAGUCAAAAAAUUGUAAGAAACAUUUCUAAAGUUGAACAGGAACCUGUUAGUACUACAGUUCUGCUUGAGGAAAAUAAGAAGUAUGAUAUAACAAUAGAAUCGCUAAAGAAUGGCCAAAUCUUAAGUGUAAAAUCAUUUAAGACACGUGGAAUUUCAGAAAAUUGCAUAAAAACAUUUGUAACAGCUACUACAGUGUCUUUUAACUGGAGUAUGGUGACCAAAGAAUUUUCAGUUUCUGUUUUACUGAAUGGUACUUCUGAGAUUAUAAAAAGACCCAGUGGAUUCUUUGUAUGGAGAAAUUUGACACCUGCCACCUUAUAUACAUUCAAGUUUAUAUUUGAACAAUUACAUCUUGAAUUUGUAAAUGUGUCUCAGUCACUGGAUGUUCAAGCCGAAACAGGCACCUGUUCCCAAGGGUGGGUGGCAUUCCAAAGCAGCUGCUAUCAAAUGGGUAAGGAGAGCAAGCCAUGGAAAUCAGCACAACAAACCUGUCAAACGUCUUCACAAGGGGCACAUCUUCUUGACAUAGGGAGUGAAGAAGAAUAUGGUUUUAUGUUGUCAUAUCUCCAGAAAAUUAGUCGAAUAAUCAUGAUAUGGGCAGGUCUUAAUGACUUAAAGGAAGAAGGUCAGCUCUUGUGGACAGAUGGAUCUCCCUAUCUUCUAAAAGCUGGUAUCUCAUCUUUGUCAAUGAUACCAGAAAACCAAACUGACUGCUAUGCCCUUCAGAGAGAUCCUACUGGUCCAGAUUAUUUCUUCACAGGAUUUUUCUGCUAUGUACAGCUGCCAUAUAUUUGUGAAUAUGAAUUACCUUUGGUACCAGAGAACAUCAUGUUUAGUGUGCAUGAUGUCAAGACAACCGAAGCUGUAUUUAUGUGGAGUGAUAUGGGCAUGUGGCUUAAGUCAGGCUUUGCACUUAUAAUCAAGUACUAUUUUGAUCAGUGGAAACCAUACAUUCUGAACUUGCCUGUUAAUACAACUCAAACAAAAAUUGUGCACUUGUCUCCUGGCCUUCACUAUAGUUUUUUAUUAGCAGCAAGGAACUCAGAAGGAGCACAGUCUAUCUUAAGUCCAAUUCUGAAGGUAGAAACAAGGCCGUUGCACUCCCAGAAGUUAGAGGCUACAUAUGUUUCAUCUGCAGAAAUACAUUUAAAAUGGAAUCCUCCACAGCAUUCAUCCAGCGCUUCUUUUCAUUACUACCUUGUCAACGUGUUGGAUACUGAAACCAACAUCUGGGAACAGUUACCAGUUGAAAAAAGCAAGACUUCAAUAGUCAUACGAAAUAUAAAACCUUAUCAUCAAUAUCAGGUAUAUUUACAGAACGUAGCAGAGAAAGGAACUCUCAGCUGCCAUGAGAAGCCUAUAUUAGUCACAACAGCUGUCAGUCCACCGACAGCUGUUUAUAUUCACCCAGAGGAUGUACAAGAAGAGAGUGUGAUCCUUCGCUGGAAGCUGCCACAAGAGUGUCAGGAAUCCUAUGUUCAAGUAAAACCUAAUGCAGACAUGGGUGAAACUAAAAAGUUUAUAUUAAGCAAUACAGAAGAAUUUAAGAUUGAUCUCCUAAUUCCUGGAACGACUUAUGAAAUAGCAGUGGCAAGUGUGAAUAAUGGAACUAUGAGUGAACUGAAGACCAUUCAAUGCACUUUAAAGCCCAAGCCUGUUCAAAUUGUAGUUCCUUAUGGGCUUUAUAGCAAUGCUGUGGUACUAUUUGUUCGCAUGCCUGAUAUUGGAGUAUUUGAUGGCAUUUAUGUUACAAGUAAAGAAGGACCUAAUGCAACAUUCACUUUAAAAAGUGAUGGUAAAAUAAAAAUUGAAAACCUUACUGCAGGAACAGAAUAUGAUUUCUGUGUUUCCACAAAAAGUGGAAAAAUGUUGAGCUCCUGUUACCAUAUAUAUGGUGUAAAAACAUGUCUGGCAGCUCCGCUCAAUGUACGAGAAGGUGACGUUACUGACACUUCAAUACAGAUUACUUGGGAUCAGGCUGAUGGAGAUUUUGAGCAAUAUGAAGUUAUAUGCACAAAUUGUGCAAGUGCUUUCAGGGUCCAGAAGGUUAAGCAAGAAACAGCAAUGUUUUCCAACCUUAGUCCUGGUAAACUGUACAAUUUUGCAAUUCGAACAGAGAAAGAGGGUUUCAGAGAUAGUAUUUUUGUGACAAAGGAAAUAGACACAGUACCAAGCGCAGCUAAAUAUCUGAACUAUAGCAGAGGCUCUGAAUCAAUAACUGUCACCUGGCCACCAGCCCAAAAUAUAUUUGAUGGAUAUGUUCUUUCAAUAAAUAGUAAAGACUUCAAUGAGAAGAAAAUGUUACCUUCUGAUGUAAGAAUGUACAAAUUUGAACAUCUUCUGCCAGGCACUGAUUUCCUAAUCAGUAUUGUGACAACCAACGCAUUAAAAAGGAGUCACCCUACCAUCCUCAAGAUUAACACCUAUCCUGAUCCACCAUCAGAUUUACAGGUGUUUGGACAAGAAGAAAAUACAGUCUAUCUUUCUUGGAAACUACCAAGAGGAGGAUUUGAUAUGUUUCAGCUUUCAUAUUGUCCAAUGAAUAAUGAAAAGCUGAUUAUCAGAACUAUUUAUGACAGCAGAGCUGUAGUGCAAAAUCUGGCUCCUGGGACAGAAUAUAUUUUUCAUUUAAGGACAGUUAAAGGCUUGGAUUCCUCUGUGGCUGUGGAGAAAAAAGUCAUCACAAAACCUGCUGGGAUAUGUGGUCUGACAUUAAAAAUGGUAAAUAGUUCAUCUGCAACUGUAAUGUGGAAUCCAACCAAGACAAACUUCACUUCUUAUAAAGCAUCUUUAUCAAACAACACCUUUAUAAAAAUGUUAAGGAUUCCAGGAACACUGGCUGACUUCACUUUUAUGGACUUGACUGCUGGUGGCAUUUACAACUUCACACUGCAAAGAGUGAAAGGAAAUACUGAAGGAGCUUCUUCUUUCAUUGAAUUUGUAACAGAACCUGCAAAGCCAGAAGGACUUAGAUUCUUCAAUGUUUCAUCAUAUUUUUUUUCACUGUAUUGGAGACUACCAUAUGGACUUGUAGACAGAUUUCAUGUGGAUCUUAUUCCUGAUCAUGCUUCUGUUGUUAUCCUAGAUCUUGGAGUUAGGAAGUAUCAAGCUGAUUUUUCUAAUACUAUUCCUGGAACAACAUACAAUGUUACAGUGUCUGCAGUUUCUUCUUCACUUUAUAGUUCACCUGCAAGUAGAACAGUGACAACAAACGUGACAAAUCCUGGACCCCCUGUGUACCUUGCAGGUGAAAGAGUGGGCUCUGCUGGGAUUCUGCUGUCAUGGAAUACACCACUGCAUCCAAAUGGCAGAAUUCUCUCCUAUAUUGUUAAAUAUAAAGAAGUCUGCCCAUGGAGGCAAACAGCUUAUACACAGGUCACAACAAAGCCAGAUAGUUUGGAAGUUCUUCUCACCAAUCUUAAUCCUGGAACGACUUAUGAAAUUAUGGUUGCUGCUGAGAACAGUGCUGGUAUUGGAGCAUUUAGUGAUCUUUUCCUUUUUCAGACUGCAGAAAGUGCUCCAGGUAAAGUAGUGAAUCUCACAGUUGAAGCCUUAAAUUCUUCAGCUGUAAAUCUGAUCUGGUUUCUACCUCGGCAACCAAAUGGAAAGAUAACUAGUUUCAAGAUUAGUGUGAAACAUGCAAGAAGUGGAAUUGUAGUGAAAGAUGUCUUGGUUAAAGUAGAGGACCUUCUGUCUGGGAGGUUACCAGAAUGUAAUGAUAAGAGUGAAUCAUUUCUGUGGAGUACUACCACUCCUUCAACUACUUUUGGGAAAUCCACAAUUCCCUCACAGACUACAGUUACACCAAAUACAGAGGCACCAAGUCAGAUGAGCUCUGUUUGGAAUGAACCGAUUAGCUUUGUUAUAACUAACCUCAGGCCAUAUACCACCUAUCUUUUUGAAGUUUCUGCAGUUACCACUGAAGCAGGCUACAUUGACAGCGCAAUUGUCCGGACACCGGAAUCAGUUCCAGAAGACCCACCACAAAAUUUUGCCAAGAGCAACGUUACAGCAAAGUCUUUCUCAGUAAUGUGGGAACCCCCAGCCAUAGUAACAGGAAAGUUUAGUUACAGAGUUGAGCUGUAUGGACCAUCUGGUCAUAUUCUGGAUAACAGCACAAAAGACCAUAAGUUUGUAUUUAGUAACCUUGUGCCGUUUACAACAUACGAUGUGUACGUCGGUGCUGAAACAAGUGCUGGGGUGGGGCCAAAGACUAACCUUACAGUUUUCACUCCUCCAGAUGUCCCAGGUGCUGUAUCAGAUUUACACUUAGCAGAAGUGGAAGCCACAUAUAUAAAAAUUGUUUGGAGGAAGCCACGACAACCAAAUGGAAUCAUUACCCAGUACAGAGUUAAAGUACAUGUGCAGAAAACACUCAUGACUCUGGAAAACAUUAUUCUUGGAGAUAAAAAUACGUAUUUGAUUGAUUCUUUGGAGCCAUACACAAUAAAUGAAAACAUAAACCCUUCUUCUCCCACUUGGAAUUCAUUGGAAACAGCCAAUGAUUUAUAUGAAGGUUCAGCUGAAAUGUUUUCCAGCAUUCAGACAGCUUCCCCAGUAAUAUUUACAAGUGUAUCUGGUGAUAAUUUGCCUGCUAUAAAUGGAGCUGCAGAAUUACAUUCUGCUUUGGAUAAUCAGUAUACCACCAACAUUUUGGCUGAAGAGCUGUCAUAUGUUAUAAAGAGCCUAACACCUUUCACAGAUUACACAAUUAGUGUGUCUGCUUUCACUGCUGUUGGAGAAGGACCACCAUCAGUUCUUACGGUCAGGACAUGUGAACAAGUUCCAAGCUCAAUACAAAAUAUAUCUUACAAGAAUAUUAGCUCCUCCUCUGUUUUGCUGUAUUGGGAUCCUCCAGCAAAUCCCAAUGGGAAAAUCAUCCAUUAUACAGUUUAUGCAAUGGAACUGGAUACAAAAAGAGCAUUCCACACAACAACUUCAAACAACAGCUUACUUAUGACAGGCUUAAAAAAGUACACAAAUUAUAGAAUGAGAGUGGCAGCCUCUACUGCAAUUGGAGAAAGUGCUUUGUCUGAAAAGAAUGAUGUUUUCGUGAGAACCCCCGAAGAUGAACCAGAUUCCCCACCUCGAAACAUAGAAUUAAUAAAUGUAAGUGCAACAGAAAUAAAUCUGAAAUGGUUACCACCUGAGCAGCCUAAUGGUCUCAUAACUCACUAUGAAGUUCUGUACAGUGAUUCCAAUUAUUUUUCUAUUAAAAAUGCCUCAUCUACAAGUAUAUCACUGAGUGAAAUGAAGCCAUAUACUCUCUACAAUAUUUCUGUAAGGGCAUUCACCAGACUUGGUCAUGGGAAUCAGUCAUCUUUCCCACUUCUGGUCAGAACUUCUGAAACUGUUCCUGAUUCUGCACCAGAAAAUAUAACGUAUAGGAACAUUUCAUCCGUGGAAAUUGAAUUAUCAUUUUUUCCACCGUCCAUUCCCAAUGGAAUUAUACAGACCUACACAAUAUAUCUCAAGAGGACUAAUGGGACUGAGCAAAAAGUUAUAAACACUACUCUUCUGACAUUACGUAUUACAGAUUUAAAUAAAUAUACAGAAUAUACUGUAGAAGUGUCUGCUAGCACCAGAAUGGGGGAGGGCCUUCGUAGUUCACCUCUGCACAUACUAACUGAUGAAGACGCUCCGAGUUCUCCUCCACAAUCCCUCUCUGUAAAACAGUUGUUGGGUGUCACUGUGAAGUUGUCAUGGAAACCUCCAUUGGAGCCAAAUGGAAUUAUCCUCUAUUACACAGUUUAUGUCUGGAAUAAAAUGUCAAAAAGGAGUGUUAAUGUAACAGAAACAUCAUUGGAGUUCACAGACCUAGAAUAUAACUAUGAGUAUAGUGCUUACCUAACAGCAAGUACAAGAUUUGGAGAUGGCAAUAUAAAAAGUGAUACUAUAACAUUCAGAACUUCUGAAGGAGCACCAAGUGAUCCACCGAAAGAUGUUGCAUACAGAAACCUUACUUCCACAUCAAUAAUGCUAUUCUGGUCUCCUCCCCAAAAGCCUAAUGGAAAUAUACUGUACUACUCAGUUUAUUUCAAAAAUAAUUCAGGAAUAUUCAUACAGAAUUUCACAGCUUAUGGUAAUGACAGCAACAUCAGCAUGCCCCCGUUUGUAGUUCUGGAUGACUUGGCAAAAUACAGCCAUUAUAUUUUAUGGUUAACUGCAAGUACAGCUUUUGGAGAUGGAAACAAAACCAGUGAAAAAAUUGAUGUGUAUACAGAUCAGGAUAUCCCAGAAGGUUUUGUUGAAAAUCUGGUCUAUCAAAACAUUUCCUCAACUUCUGUGAAUGUAAGCUGGCUUCCACCAUCCCAGCCAAAUGGCUUAGUCUUCUUUCAUGUUUCUCUAAGUUUAAUGCAACUGGGAACCAGCAAGGUUUUGUCUUUCCUUACUUACAACACAAGCAUAAUGUUUGGCAACCUGGAGAAAUAUACCGAUUACAUUCUGAAAAUCACACCAGCCACUGAUAAAGGAUCUUCUGAACAGCAUGCUCUAAGUCUGCAUAUAAGAACUGAUGAAGAUGUCCCAGAAUCAGCACCUAUAAUCAAAACAUUUUCAAAUCUCUCAACUACCUCAGUUAUGUUUUCAUGGGACCCCCCUGUUAAGCCAAAUGGUAUCAUAAUAAGUUAUGAUUUAAAUUUAUUUGGACCAGAAAGGAAUAACUCAUUCUCUACCACCAAUAAUUUUAUCGUCUUGGAAGACCUUCUGCCAUUCACAUUGUAUAGCAUUUAUGCAGCUGCAAGAACAAUAAAAGGACCUGGUCCAUCUGCUGUGCUUCAGUUUUACACAGAUGAGUCAGUGCCAUUAGCUCCACCCCAGAAUUUGACCAUUAUCAACUAUACUGCAGAUUCCGUGUGGCUAAAAUGGGAUCCAAGUCCCCAGUCAAAUGGUGUUAUUAUGAGAUAUAAUUUUAAGAUUUAUCAAAACAACACAGAAAAACUAAUUUAUCAGAACAUUUCAGGUUCAAACCACGAGGCAAACCUUGUUGGAUUAGAACCAUUCAGCCCCUAUUCUAUCAGCGUCUCUGCAUUUACCAAGCUUGGGAAUGGCAAUCAGUUCAGUAACGCUGUCCAGUUUACAACGAUGGAAUCAGUACCAGAUGCUGUCCAGAAUGUUCGUUGUAUUGCAAUGAGCUGGCAAUCAAUCCUAGUGCAGUGGGACCCUCCUGCUUCAUCCAAUGGUGUAAUUACACAUUACAUCAUAACAGUUGAAGGAAAUUCUACAAAUUUUUCAUCUUAUGAUACACUGCAUACUUUUAGAAAUCUGCUUUCCAAUAUUACUUAUCAAAUUAAAAUAAAAGCUGCAACGUCUGCUGGUGAUGGUGAAGAACAGAUAUGCAAUACCAGUACCCUUCCAGAAAAAGUUCCUAGUGCUCCCAGGGAUAUUGUUUUUUCCAAUGUGCAAUCAACAAGUGUGACUUUGAAUUGGAGAACACCAAAAUCUAUCCUUGGCUACUUUCAAAACUACAAGAUUACCACACAGCUACAGUCCGUCCACUGCAGUGACUGGGAAACUAAGGAAUGUGUUGAAUAUGAGAUGCAUCAAUAUUUAUAUGAAAAUGUGAUGGACGACUGGAUAGAAGACACAGUGUAUGGACUGAAAAAAUACAGAUGGUACAGAUUUGCAGUUGCUGCCAGUACGAGUGUUGGUUAUGGCAGUUCUUCACCUUGGAUUUCAACACAAACACUUCCUGGCUCUCCAGAUGGUCCUCCAGAAAAUGUGACUGUUUUAGCUACAUCUCCUCACAGUAUUAAUAUCAGCUGGAGUGAACCUGCCAUCAUCACAGGACCAACAUGCUACCUCAUAGACGUUACCUCAGUAGAUAAUGGCAACUAUAAAGCUCAGUUUUUUAAGACAAAGGAUGAGGUUAAAGUCUUAGAAAUUUCUGAUUUAAAAGCAUUUACAAGGUAUUCUGUAGUAAUCAUUGCCUUUACGGGGGAUGUUAAUGCUGCUCUCCUAGAAGGCAAGGCUAGUUCUCCGAUGAUUGUCUCCACUUUUGAAGCAGUGCCUGAAGACCCACCUAACAACAUAACUUUUCAGAAGAUACCAGAUGAAGUAACAAAGUUCCAAGUAACAUUUGUGCCACCAUCUGAACCAAAUGGAAAUAUUCAAGUGUAUCAAGCUAUGGUUUACAAUGAAGAUGAUCCCGCUGCCAUCCAGAUCCACAACCUUAGUGUCAUUGAAAAAAAAGAUCAGUCAGUCACUGCCAUGAUAGAAGGACUAAAAGGAGGACAUACCUAUAAUGUCAGCGUAUAUGCAAUUAAUGGUGCUGGCGCGGGGCCGAAAAUUCAAUUGAAAAUAACCAUGGAUAUCAAAGAACCGCCAAGACCUAAAAAGAAACCAGUACCAGUUUAUGAUACCAAUGGGGCAUUACUCGUCACAGCUACAACAAUUGCAAUCAAAAUGCCAAUAUGUUAUUACAGUGAUGAUCAUGGCCCUAUCAAGAAGAUACAAAUUCUUGUUGUGGAAGCUGGAGCUCAGCAUGAUGGAAAUGUUACUAAGUGGUACGAUGCCUACUUCAACAGACCAAGGCCAUAUUUUACAAAUGAAGGCUUUCCAAACCCACCAUGUGUAGAAGGAAAAGAAGUUCUGAGUGGGAAAGAAGAGAUAUAUGUCAUAGGUGCUGAUACCACGUGUAUGAUACCAGGCAGUCAAGAUAAAAUAUGUAAUGGUCCGCUGAAACCAAGAAAGCAGUACCUAUUUAAGUUCAGAGCAACUAACAUUAAAGGACAGUUUACAGAUUCUGACUAUUCUGACCCUAUCAAAACGUUAGGUGAAGGACUAACCGGAAGAUCUAUAGAAGUUAUCCUUGCUGUUACUCUGUGUAUACUUUCGGUUGUUCUUUUGGUGGCUGCAGUGUAUGCAUUUGCAAGAAUUCGGCAGAAACAAAAAGAGGGAGGCACAUACUCCCCACGAGAUGCUGAAAUUAUUGACACUAAGUUCAAACUGGAUCAGCUGAUCACAGUGGCAGACCUGGAGCUGAAGGAUGAGAGAUUUACACGAUACUCUUCGUUUUUCUUUAGACGCAAGGAGAUAUUUGUCAUCCAAUUACUUAGUUAUAGAAAAUCCAUCAAGCCAAUAAGCAAGAAAUCCUUCCUACAGCAUGUUGAAGAGCUUUGUACAAACAACAACCUAAAGUUUCAGGAAGAAUUUUCGGAACUUCCCAAGUUUCUUGAAGACCUUGCUUCAACUGAUGCUGAUCUGCCUUGGAACAGGUCUAAGAAUCGUUUCCCAAACAUAAAGCCAUAUAAUAACAACAGAGUAAAACUGAUGCCUGAUGCUGGUAUUCCUGGAUCUGACUACAUUAAUGCCAGCUACGUGUCUGGUUAUUUAUGCCCAAAUGAGUUUAUUGCAACUCAGGGACCAUUACCAGGAACGGUGGGCGAUUUCUGGAGAAUGGUGUGGGAGACAAGAGCUAAAACACUUGUGAUGCUUACACAAUGUUUUGAAAAAGGACGUAUAAGAUGUCAUCAAUACUGGCCAGAAGAUAAUAAACCAGUGACUGUGUUUGGGGAUAUAGUGAUUACUAAAUUGAUGGAAGAUAUUCAAAUAGACUGGACCAUCAGAGAUCUAAAAAUUGAAAGGCAUGGAGACUGCAUGACGGUGCGGCAGUGUAACUUUACUUCUUGGCCAGAACACGGAGUCCCUGAAACAACUGCACCAAUUAUCCAUUUUGUAAAACUUAUCCGUGCAAGUCGAGCACAUGAUAACACACCAAUGGUGGUUCACUGCAGUGCUGGCGUUGGAAGAACAGGUGUUUAUAUCGCACUUGACCAUUUAACCCAACACGUAAAUGACCAUGAUUUUGUGGAUAUCUAUGGACUUGUAGCUGAGCUAAGAAGUGAAAGAAUGUGUAUGGUACAGAAUCUGGCACAAUAUAUAUUUUUGCAUCAAUGCGUAUUGGAUCUGUUGACAAGCAAGGGAAGUAGUCAGCCCAUAUGUUUUGUAAAUUAUUCAGCACUGCAAAAGAUGGACUCUCUGGAUGCCAUGGAAGGUGAUGUGGAGCUUGAAUGGGAAGAAACUACCAUGUGAAUACUAAGAGUAAACAUGAAAGAAAAUGAGAUUUUGAAAGUUAGUCAUAUUUUUCUAAGCACAGGGGCCAAAGUGAAUUCCCCUAUUUUGAUGAUUAAAGCAAACACAGAUGAUCAAAGCAUCUUCUCUUCUAUCAAUGUGCCUUCAUAAGUUGAAGUAUUUUAUUCAGAACACUGAACAAUAAUGAUUAGGAGUACUUUUGCACAGACUGCACUUCUGGUGUUAUAUGAAUAGUGCACCCAGUAUGUAUAAAGUGUGUUUGAACAUAUUCCUUUUUUUCUGAUUAUCUUUGUAAAAGAAAAAUGAGCCAAAUAAGAUGUAAAAAUAUCAUAUUCCCGUUGAACUUUUUUUGGUGUGAAUUUGAUGUGUUCUGCAUGUUUUGGUUUUAAGUAAAAGCUACAGUUUCUUGAAUCAUUCUUGCUAGAUUGGCUUCAGUGUUGUCAGCUCUUGCAGAUUAAUUCCAAUACCAUCAUAAUGAUCUUUACAUAACUGUAUGCUCUGGUGUUUUGAAUAUUUUUUUUACAAGUGGUAGCAUAUCAGCUCAUGAUCCUGAACAGCUGAAGAGUCACCUUCUGACAUGGAAAGGAUUAUUCAACUCUUACACAGCACACAGUAGCUCUUCAGGGACACUUGGGGCUAUUUAAGCUAUUUAAUAAUCAGCAGGUUGUUUUUUUAAAUAUAUAAUGGUGAUUGCAUAUGUUCAAUGCAGAAGAAAGUAUUUAACAUUCCUGCUACUUUUUCAAACAGAUAAAACAAAGUAAAACUAUAAAUCUAUUAUCUAUUACAAAGAAUUUUAGAUUGACUUAUGUAAAAGAAUGUCUAGAAUUCAUUCACAUUUCUUGAAUAUAAUACUAUUCAGUAUUUCAAAAGAUUGCUCAAAAUGUAAUGUCAAGAUAUUUUAUGACAGUGUUGUCAAGUAAAAAUGUUCUUGCUCCUUCCUCAGGCUUGGCAUCACUGUAGACACUGAAAAUUAUGGGAGCUAAUAUUUGGAGAUUUAAUAAAAGGAAACAUCUUCCACUUCCACUAAUGAUGAUGAUGAUGAUUAUUAUUAUUAUUUAUUGUUAUUGGAAAGAGAUCUGAAACAGGAAUGAGAGAAGCGGGAAGCUCUUAUCAGAGAAGCAGAGCAAAAAUAUGUAGAGUAGGAAGACUAGAGAGAUAAUUAAACUGUGUGCCCUAGUUUUGCAUGGAAGUGACAGUAUUCAAUUGAUAUUAGUGGGGGGAAGGGUUGAUUGCUAAGUUUUUCUCUGUGUAAAGAAAUGUAUCAUCAUUCUGAAUAACACUGAAUAUGUGACCUUAAUCUGAGUGCAAAACAUAAUAGCAAAAAGACUUCAGAGCUGCCAUCUUAUAUUAUGUUUAGACAGAAAAAAUCAAAGAUGCCUUAUUGAGGCAUCAAGCUAAGAGAAGUCAGAAAAAACCUCUUUAGAACCUUGAAAUAUGUAUGUGAGGAGCUGUGUUUGCAUGCACACACUCUGAACGGAAGAGUAAAUGAACAAAUCUUUCCAUUUCUUGACUGUAGCUACCAGAUGAAAAUGCUACGCAAUGUGUAACCUGAUACUUUUCAGAAGAAAACGAUAGUAGGUGUUUUUAGAAGCUGGCGAGAUUGGUACAGUGAAGACCCUUUGUAAUUUAACAGAAAGUGCUAAAUAUCUAAAACGAAAAUCAAAAGACAGUGUUGAAGGAGGUGGAAGUGGUCUACGAAGAUAUUUGGGCAAUCUGUCUUUUAGGAAGAUUGACGGUAUUGUAAACAUCACCUGUCAAGCUAAAAAGUAAACAAUGCCUUUUAAAGCUGGAUAGAGCAAAAGAGAGGUGAUGUCCACAGCUGUUCAAGUCUCUGGCAAAGCAUUCGGUACAGCUCUAGUUUCAUUUGGCUCCUAUGAAACACGUGUUCUUCAUUUAUUAUACAUGUACUUUAAAGUAUUCUGACAAAUUGCUUAUAGGGACUUACAGAUGUUUUUCAUCAUUUGUAGUUGUACUUGGUAGCAGUACAUGCUAUGAUAAAUUGACACUAUAGAGUCAUAAUCUUUUAUGAUUUUAUAUCCACAAUAGUGGAAUAUCUGUAUGUGUGUCAUUUCUCUUUUGAUUGGAGGAAAAAUCUAAGAAGCCUUAUGCAGCUUACAGUUGAGCUCCAGAAGUUUCAAAUGUGCUUAAGUGUUUUCUGUUUUUUAUAAAAUACUUAAUGAUGAAGACUCCUGUAUACUCCUUUAGGGAACCUGCCUGUGGUCAGACAUUGCACUUGGUAGUCAGGUGGUCUGACAACUUAGUAGGAGACUAGAAAAUGUGCGUUUCUUUGCUGUAGAGGCAAAGCAAAAGCUGAAAAGUAAUUCAAGUAGUUUACUGUACCAUUUGAUGUAAGCAAUCUCAUAUGUUCUACCUUGAUACAUUUUGCAUUGUCUUCAGGGUAAAAGACAAUAUUCAGCAUAAAGUGGCCACAACUCAUAUGGUCAGGGAAAGAAUUAUCUCCAAGCAACUCUCCAAGAAUUGGUUUUCAGCAUAAACAUAGCAGUAGUUCACUGACCUUCUUGUGUGUCUGCCAAUGCUUUACAGGGGUAGGAGAGCAUCUAUAUAUCAGAAAAUUCCUCCAGACCUUGGUGCAGUCAUGAAGAAAGAAUUUCCACAGUCUCUUGUCUUUCAUCCCUCCUUCCCUUAUGCAAUGACAGCUAUGGUGGUUCUACUGACAGCACUGUAGAGCUGGAGGCAAGCAAUUUCUCUUUUAAGAGUAUGCAUAUAUAAAUAAAGCAGCACACCAAUUCAUUUUUAAUAUCAUCACUCGAUUUUCUACAAAUUCUUGGCAUUACUAAUAUAUCAAGAGUGUACUCUAUCAGAAUUAUAAAAGGAAUAAAUAAAAAUUGGAGAAAAAUUCAGAAAUUCUAUAGGAUGAUUCAGGGAUUCUCUAGGAUUAUUGCAAUUGUAUUGAAACUAAGUCAUACUGUAUUAAAUUAUCUGGGCAACUUCUAGAGACUGAUAUAUCUCCAUACACAGAAGAAGCAGUCUUUAUAUAUGUAUUUAUAGCCAGUUCUGCUGGACAUCAUUAUGAGAAGCUACUGUCAGGGUCCUUAAAAACUGAUCUGUUCUGUUCACAAAGUAACAGAAAGACAGCAGAACAUCACAUUCAUGUUGAAUUUUAAUCACUUCUUAUACUGUUAAAAGAGUUGAUAAAAAUAAUUGUGCAAAGUUGUGAUUUUACUGUAUAUAUGGAGCUAUUCAGUAAUUUAAAUUCAUAACAUUAUGUGAAAGAUUAAUAACAUGAAUUAAUCUGUGUAAAACCCUCUGUGUACUGCUGUAAUACAGAGUAUGCUCGUAAGCAGUUACUAAGAUAAAGCAGGAAAGAGUAAUGAGUCAAUCAUAUUUUAUACUAAGGUAACGAGACAGGGAGAGUUCUUGGUUGAAUACAGAAAUCACAAAGCAUCGUAGAUCUGAACAUGAAUUUGCAGAGAUUCAGGACACAGAGUCCUGCAAAAUCUGUAAAGAGAAAAGAUUUUCUCUGAAAAUAUUUUGACAGCAAGUUACAACAAAAUUUGAGAUGUACCUGUUUCAGAGGGUAUUACAUGUGUGUUAUAACACAACAUCAUUGUCUAUCCAUGGAAACAAAUGAUAAAAAUAGAUACAAAUUAAUUUCUAUUUUAAGACCUAUGAAAAGUAACCAGUUAGCUCUCUGUUUUAGAGGAUAUGCAUAUGAUAAUAACGAAUUCAGGGUUGUUUUAUAAUUAAGCUACAUGCCCAUUCAGUGCUGAAAAAAUCUGUAAUGCCUUGAGUACAGUCAACUGUAAUUGGAAACCACUGACACAUAGUACUGAACAUGUCUUUGUCGAUUUUGAUUUUAAGGAAAAUGUACUGAAAGGUGAUCCCCUGUUUCAACCACUUCUCUGUGACUUUUGUGUCACUACUCUAUGUAUGGUGUUGAAAAGACAAAUCCUCUCAACAUUGUUCUCCAUGGUUUAUUCUCUUUUCUAAUGCUGUAUUGCUUGUCUAUAUGUGAUUAUACUAGAAGGAAUUGUAAACAGUAAUAUGGAUCCUCUGAAUUCAAAUACUGCAGGCAUGAUC